AUGCCCCGAUUCGCUACCUUCACCCUACCAUUAUGCGCAUUUUCUAUCGUAUUAUGCCAGAAAAUUCCUGAAGUAAAUGCCCCUGGCGUUAGCACACGGUUGCCCGAAGCUAAAUGUGAUUUUCACGUCCGAGAAAAUGGGCCGGACGGGAAACUGGUGACAGGAGUAAGCCUCGACACCUCCCUCUUCUAUGACAUCACCUGCAAACCCUCAAAAGGUUUCUGUCUACGUGUGUCUAACUGUACCGUGACCGGGGAUGAAAAGGGCUCCGUCCCUUACCCAAUUAUCGACGCAAAUGGAUGCACACUGGAGGAGAGCCUGUUUGGGCAUGUUCAGUACCGAACGGACUUCCAAGCCGGCAUCGCCAACCCGUAUCCUAUUCGAUUCCGAGGCGCUUCGUCUGCUGUAAUUUUCUACUGUCAAACAACGCUUGAACCAAAGGAAGGAACCAAAUGUGAACAUUUCACGUGUAAA